UCUUUGCUAAGUAUAAAUCAAAACAGGAAGUCAGAUUAUAAUAAAAAUUAAAGCAAUAUUUUAUAUAUUUCUGGGUAACUAAUUUGUUGCGCCAAGUUAUUUAUAUAAUACGGAUAUAAAAAGGUAAUGGCGCUAAAAGAAGACAACUAUAAAUCGACGUCCCAGUGGGUUAAUAAUCAAAUUAUCUGCCUUCAAUGUCACGGAUGCCGGGUUCGAUUCCUGCCCGAGACAGAUAUAUAGCAGUACACAAAUUGCUUGAGGCAUGGGUGAGUUUAAUUGUUGCAGAUAUUUUGCUGUCAUAGAAGACUGGAGGAAGUUAAAAAGAAACCAUAACAAGAACCAAGGCUCAGAAGAAAAGACUAGAAUAAUUCAGGCUUUAUUAGGCUAACAGGAAUUUUUACUUUUUCACUCUGUUGAACCCUUAAUACAGAUUAUAAAAUGGUUUAUAAAAGACUGACAAAGGGUGUCAUUCCCUCCUGACACAAACACUGCCAAGAGGGGUAGGCAGAGAUAUAGGUCGCUUGAAAGAAUGUUCCUAUAUCUAUUUUGAAAAAAAUAUAUAAAAAUAAAUUUAGCGUUAAUAGCAAUAUAUUCAAUUAAUAAGAUUUAUGAUUGAAAUGGACACUAUAGUCAGCAAGAUGUUUGAUAAUGCAAAUAAUGCAGAAUUUUGUGAGAUGUGUCCUUUAUGCAAAAACCGAGUUAGAUUUUUCUACUUGGCGAUGGAUGAAAAGAUUUUAAUGUGUGAAAAUAUUAAAUGUGAAUUUCCCUUUGGUUAUAAUGAUUUUAAAAUUAUCAAGGAAGAAGAUGACGGCUUUGGAAUGAGCCAAUCGACUACUACUGCUUUAAAAAGUUGGCCAGAUUUCGAUAGAAAUGAUUCACAAAGUCCAAUUGAAAGUAAAUGUUUUAAUGUAAACCACGAAGGAAGUAAUAUGGAAGUGAUUGAAGAUAAAAUUGCCAGCGAGAAAAACAUUUUGAAAGAAUUGAACGCUUUAAAAGGUCUAACAAAGAAGUUCAAUGAAAUUGAAGAUAAUUCCAACGAGAUAAUUACAGAUAAGAAAUUUAUUAAAAAAUUGAUGGAAUUACAAAAGUUGUCGGGUGUUCGAUUAGUUAAACAGAAGGAAAUGGAAGUGCUGAGGCGAGAGAAGCCGGGGUAUAAGCCAGAUGAACUGAAAAUUGACAUUGAUACGAGCGGUAGUAAUCUUUGUGCAAUUAAAAUUGAAAUAGCACCAAAUAAAACUGUACCAAAUGUUACAUAAAAUAUUAUGUAAUUUAAUUAAAAUUGAUUAUCAAACUAAUAUGAGAAUUAGUGCUUAUUAAAAGAACUGAAUAUAAAAUGCAAAUAUGCAUUUCUGUGAUUUUUAGUUGUGGUAGAUAUUUACUUUGGAAUUACUUGGUUUGUCGAUUUGUCAAGUUUACAAAGUGUAAUGGUGCUUUACUUUGUAAUGGUUUUUACAAGUAAAAUUAAAAAUGUUUUGCAAGUG